AUGAGUGAUCUGGAUAGAGCCAUUUCGCAAUUGCGAGCUUGCCGUCCCAUCCCAGAAGCAGAAGUUCGAGAAUUAUGUCAUAAAGCGAGGGAAUUGUUGAUCGAGGAAGGGAAUGUGGUCACAGUAACGGCUCCAGUCACGAUAUGCGGUGAUAUUCAUGGACAAUUUCAUGAUCUCAUGGAAUUAUUCAGGGUUGGUGGUGAUGUGCCCGAUACAAAUUACUUAUUCAUGGGUGAUUUCGUUGAUCGCGGUUUCUACUCUUUAGAAUCUUUCCUCCUCCUAUUGUGUCUCAAAGUACGAUAUCCAGAUCGAAUGACCUUGAUCCGAGGUAAUCACGAAUCUAGACAAAUUACAACAGUCUACGGAUUUUACGACGAAUGCUUGCGAAAGUAUGGAAGCGCAAAUGUAUGGAGAUACUGUUGCGAAGUAUUUGAUUAUCUUGCUCUCGGUGCAAUUGUGCUUGGAGCAUCAAGCAGUCUUCAACCUACAUCUAUGCCAAACGGUGAACACAGUGCCUCCUCGACGCAGGAAUUCAACGACGAGGAUGUGGAAAUCGAGAUUUUAAAUGUUGAUGGAAGUAUUAUGAACAAAUUUUUACGAAACAGGGACAAGAUUGGGAAAAGAAAGCCAUCUAUAGAUUCAGAAAUGAGUUCAUCAGACAAGGGUUCUCCAAGCCCCCAAAGCAAAUUUCCCACCAGUCUUGGUGCACCUGGCUCUGGAGCUUCAGGUUACAGUGGAGGCAGCUCAGGCAAUCCCUCCGGCGCUGUUUUUUGUGUUCAUGGAGGUCUUUCCCCUCUGAUUCAAGCAGUCGAUAAAAUCCGUCUUUUAGACCGCAAACAAGAAGUCCCUCAUGAAGGCGCCAUGUGUGAUCUCCUCUGGUCCGAUCCUGAUGAGAUAGAUGGCUGGGGUCUCUCCCCGCGUGGCGCGGGAUUUCUAUUUGGAGCCGAUAUCGUCAAAAUGUUCAACCAUACAAACGACCUUUCAAUGAUUGCUCGAGCCCAUCAGUUAGUAAUGGAGGGGUUUAAAGAGACUUUCGAUCAUAGCAUUGUUACAGUAUGGUCUGCGCCAAAUUACUGCUAUAGAUGUGGGAAUGUAGCAGCGAUUAUGGAAUUGGGAGAGGAUGGGACAGGCAAUGGAAUCAUGGCAAGGAGUAAUGGAGAAGUUAGUAGAGGGAAUGGUGCUAAUGCGCCGUUAUUAAAAGAGAAAGUAGCGUUGAGUGGACCUGCAAGGAGAUAUAGGGUUUUCCAUGCGGCGCCACAGGAUUCAAGGGGCAUGCCGGCUAAGAAACCGGUGGCGGAUUAUUUCUUGUGA